UCCAUCGUGUCUGAAGCCUCAUUCAUUUUACACAGUGUACAGUCAUCUCCAAGCUACUUUGUUGUUUCAUUUUCCAUCUUGUUUUCCAUCUUGUUUUCUAUCAGUAUCCUGCAGAGUGUAAUGGCCAUCCUGAUAUUAAUUAGUAUUUUACUGUUGUCUGCACCAGCUGCAUCUGAGAAUGAAGUCACUGGGAUUAUAGGAGAGUCUGUUCUCCUGUCCUGUGACCUGAAAUCAUCCACGGCCAUCGACACAGCAAGACUCCGGUUCCAUUGGCAAGACGAGUCCGAAAGAGUGUUGUACUCGUUCAACAAAGGAGAAGAGAAUCAACAUCAGGAUAGCUUUUACACAAACAGAACUAAAGCCUUUGUGUCUGAGAUGAGUUCUGGGAAUAUCUCUAUCAAACUCAGCCAAGUAACACUUGAAGACAAGCGGAAUGUCUACAGUGCUUUCGCUACACUGUUUGGCGAGAAUGAUAAGCAUAUCCACACGUGUCACACUACCCUACUUGUGGCAGCACGGUUCCCGACACCCAGUGUGACUGUGAACAAGACAAAUAUGAAUGCCACGUGUUCAACCCAGGGGGGAUACCCACAACCAGUGGUCUCAUGGACCAUCCAGGACCAUGGGAACCGCACUCUGGACCCGUGGGAAGUACAGACCAAUAUUACUCUGGAUUCUGAAAGUGGACUGUACAGCGUCUGGAGUCAAGUGAAUAUAACAGAAAAUCAGACGGUGACCUGCCAUAUCUUCAACCCCGUUCUGAGAGAGACUGUGAGCAACACAACCAUCGUCAGCCCCAGCAUUAACACUGACCCUGCAGGUGAUGUUCAGGAAGGCUUUACUCCCAUCAUUAUCACAAUAGUACUGAUCAUUACAGUAUUGAUUCUGUUUUCCAUCGGGGGUUAUUUUGUGUACAAAAAACGUGUGACCAGUAUGUGCUGGCCCUAUAUCAGGUUGUGGAGCCAGAGAUGGGGCCACAGGAGCCAGAGAUGGGGCCACAGGAGCCAGAGGUGGGCCAACAGGAGCCGAGAUGGUGCUACAGGAGCCAGAGAUGGUGCUACAGGAGCCAGAGAUGGGGCCACAGGAGCCAGAGAUGGUGCUACAGGAGCCAGAGGUGGUGCUACAGGAGCCAGAGGUGGUGCUACAGUAGCCAGAGAUGGGGCUACAGGAGGCAGAUGUGGGCCAACAGGAGCCGAGAUGGUGCUACAGGAGCCAGAGAUGGUGCUACAGGAGCCAGAGGUGGUGCUACAGGAGCCAGAGGUGGGGCUACAGGAGCCAGAGGUGGGGCUACAGGAGCCAGAGAUGGGGCCACAGGAGCCAGAGGUGGUGCUACAGGAGCCAGAGGUGGUGCUACAGGAGCCAGAGGUGGUGCUACAGGAGCCAGAGGUGGUGCUUACAGGAGCCAGAGGUGGUACUACAGGAGCCAGAGAUGGGGCCACAGGAGCAAAAGGUGGUGCUACAGGAGCCAGAGGUGGUGCUACAGGAGCCAGAGGUGGUGCUACAGGAGCCAGAGGUGGUGCUACAGGAGCCAGAGAUGGUGCUACAGGAGCCAGAGAUGGUGCUACAGGAGCCAGAGGUGGUGCUACAGGAGCCAGAGGUGGGGCUACAGGAGCCAGAGGUGGGGCUACAGGAGCCAGAGAUGGGGCCACAGGAGCCAGAGGUGGUGCUACAGGAGCCAGAGGUGGUGCUACAGGAGCCAGAGGUGGUGCUACAGGAGCCAGAGGUGGUGCUACAGGAGCCAGAGAUGGGGCCACAGGAGCAAAAGGUGGUGCUACAGGAGCCAGAGGUGGUGCUACAGGAGCCAGAGGUGGUGCUACAGGAGCCAGAGGUGGUGCUACAGGAGCCAGAGGUGGUGCUACAGGAGCCAGAGGUGGUGCUACAGGAGCCAGAGGUGGUGCUACAGGAGACAGAGGUGGCGCCACAGUUACCAAUGCUAAUGUCUACAGUAGAAUAAUGGAUGCCGGUGGGCGGAGUUGGGAGGGUCGUCAGCUACAUGGGAAACACCUGGGCCAGGUGUCUCCCAGGAUAAAUAGACCUCUUCCACAUUCAUGGAAGAGACUCUCUCCAUGCAGACACCUUUUGUAGAUUGUGUUGUGGUUCUUGGUGGCCUUUUGUUUGUUUGCUUUGGUACCUUUCAUCACCCUGCAUUAUCACAUUCAUGCAUGCAAAACACUCACUUACACUAUUGAUUACUGAUUACACACACCAUUGUAUAUUAUACUUAGUUGCUUUAGUUAAUAAAUAUAUAUUUUGCUACUCCUUA